AUGGAAGGGAAGAAUAUGAAGAUGGACGAACAGACUGAAGGAAUGGAUGUUGAGACGGAUGCUAAAAAUGGGAAAGUGAAUGAGGGCGAAAAAGAAGAUGUGGGGGUGCAGAAUGAGGAUGCAGAAAAUGAUGAUAAAGAUGUAGGAGGCGAAAAUGAGUAUGUAGGAGGGGAAGAUGAGGAUGCAGGCAGCAAAAAUGAGGAAGUAGGAAGCGAAAAUGAAGAAGUAGGAAGCGAAGAUGAGGAUGUAGGAAGCGACCGUGAGGAAACCCCCAAGGAGGACAGCCGGAACGACCACGACAGCAGCAGCGUCAUCGAUCGGAACACGCUGUGGAGUGACCUGUACAUCUCGAGGCCGUUCCUGAAGGUGCUCUACGAGGACAAGUUCAACAAUCCGACGUUUAUCCAGCGAGACGUGAUACCGCUAGCCCUGGAGGGGAAAAGCAUUUUAGCUAACUCAGAAACGGGUUCAGGAAAAACCCUGGCCUUCGUGUUGCCCAUAUUAGAAAGACUCCUUCACAGUCCCAACAUAAAAAUGAGAAGUUAUAAUCAGAGCAGAAUAUGCGUAACCAAGAGUUUAAUACUCCUACCAACGAGAGAACUAGCCCUUCAGUGUUACGACGUCGUCAAGAGUAUGACCAAGUAUGUGUCAAUUACUUAUUCACUUUUCUGUGGAGGAAUAGACGUAAAGCAACAGGAGUAUGAAUAUAAGAAGAAGAAAGACAUUUUCAUUUGCACUCCGGGAAGGAUCCUAGAUUUAUUGUUAAACUCGUCCAGUGAUUUUAUAAACUACCUAGAAGUGGUAGUGUUCGAUGAAGCUGACAAAUUGUUGGAGUUGGGAUUCAAGGAGGAAUGCUUAAAAGUGUUAGAUGUGUGUAAGUUUAAGAAGCAGAUUUUAUUUUUUUCAGCUACGUUAACUAGGGAUAUCAAGGACCUAGCUAAUUUUUCUCUUAAGAACCCAAUUUUUAUACAAAGCGGAGUGGAUAAUAGGAAAGUAGAUGCAAAGGGGGAAGUUAUCCCCAGCUGCAUUAGCAAUAAAAAAAUCUUAAAGUCUUUUAAAAUUUCAGAAAAAUUAAAUCAAGAGUUUGUGAAUAUUGUAAAUGAAAAGUAUAGAAGAGCAGCCCUACUGCAUCUGUGCAGUAAUGUGUAUAAGAAUCAUGCCAUAAUUUUUUUUAAGACAAAAAAAGAGACACAUCUGAUGUAUUUAAUCUUUUCCUUGUUUAAUUUCAAAUGUGCAGAGUUGCAUGGUUCGCUUACUCAAAAGAAGAGAAUAGAAUCCAUUUUGAAAUUUAAGAAAAAUGAAGUCGACUUUUUAUUAUGUACUGAAUUAGCCUCCAGAGGUUUGGACAUAGAUCAUAUUCUCUACGUGAUUAAUUAUAACUUACCUUCGAACGUCAUUAAGUACGUCCAUAGGAUUGGACGAACGGCAAGGAUAGGGAAAGACGGCACGGCGAGUACUCUCUACAGACCUAAUGAAAAAACGGAUGUGAAAAAAAUCAUUAAAGGAUUGAAAAAAAGCAAAAAUACCAAAAUAUUUCGGAGGAACAUAUCCACUGAUAGCAUUUCCCACUGGGAUAAUUUACUUCGGAAGAAAAAAAAACAAAUUAAUGAAAUGAUAAAGGAGGAAAAGGAAAACAAAGAAAUUGAUAAAGCCACCAAGUCGAUAAAGAAAAUUAAAAACCUCAUUCAGUUUAAGGACGAAAUUAUGAGUAGGCCUCCCAGGGAGUGGUUCCUGACGAACAAGGAAAAGCUGCACCUGCGGAAGUUAAACAUGAAGAGUGACAUGUCCUGUGGUGAAUCAACGGCUGGGAGAUGCGGUGGCGAAGGUCAUACUACAGAUGGCAGCGCCCGUAAAAAGGACUCUGAUAAGCAGCGCGCAUGUAAGAAGGACUCAGAUAAGGGGAGUACCCGCAAGGCCAAAAGGAGAAGCCAAAACAGCGAUGAAAAGAACGACAAAAGCAAACUCAAAAGUUUUCGCUCCAUUAUAAGAGAACUGAAGCUGAACGUGCUGGUAAACGGCAAGAGGAAACUGGACAAGUCGAAAAAUGCCAAGGGGCUUAGGAAGAACUUGCAAAAGAAUAAGAACGGCGCAGGUGUACGAGGUGGUAAUGUCGGUAAGGGCAUCAGGAGCGGCAAAAUCGGCAAUGGCGCUAAGAACGGGAAGAAUCCCCAACGCAGCACAGUUCAAAAAAAGGGAAAGGAGUUAAAGAAAGUGAUAUAUGAUUUGCAUUAG